AUGUCUACAAAAGGUAGUCCAUAUGAUGCAAAGAUUGUUAAUGUAGAAGAAUCACCUAAUGGGAAAUGGAUUCAAACUCGUAAAAUAAAUUAUACUGAUCCUAAAGGUAAUAAUAGGAUUUGGGAAAUGGCAGUUCGAACUACGAGAACUGAAACUACUAAUAUUGAUGCAGUUUCAAUUGUUUCAAUUUUACAUAAUACUAAGAAUAAUUCUAAAGAUAUUGUAAUUGUUAAACAAUUUAGACCACCAACUGAACAUGUAGUAUUAGAAUUACCCGCAGGACUUAUUGAUCCUAAAGAAUCAAUAGAAUCAACGGCUGAAAGAGAAUUAAUUGAAGAAACUGGUUAUUAUGGGAAAUUUUCUAAACAAUCAUUGGUAAUGUAUAGUGAUCCAGGAUUAACUAAUGCAAAUAUGGUUUUAGCAUAUGUUGAUGUUGACCUUAAUGAUCCAAGAAAUCAAAAUCCUACUCCUCAAUUAGAAGAUGGAGAAUUCAUUGAAACAAUUACUUUACCAUUAAAUAAUUUAUUAGGUAGUCUACAAGAUAUUAUGGAUAAAGAAGGGUGUACUAUUGAUGCGAGAUUAUAUCAUUUUGCUGUUGGAUUAGAUUUAGCUAAGAAUAUUUAG